AUUAAUUACAUGGAUGAUCUAUUCCUCUUCUAAGCGGAGACUACAGUACAUAGUGUAAGACCCUUCUUGCCUAUUUAUAGUGUUGGCCCUUGCAACAAUGUCAUCCGUAACUCGACUCCAUCUGUUAAGUCAGAGCAUGCUGAAUGUCAGUUGCCAGAAGCAGAAGCAGUACAGCUCACUUCCCGCUGAGUCGCUCGCAGGGAGGCCCAUGGAGUUUGUGGGACAGCCGAGCCCUUCUGGGGCCUGCAACCUCUUAGGAGUGCCAGGCUUCAUCUCUGUGGACGUGGAUGAUGAUGAGGGUGAUAUAGUGAUCGGCAUCAGACCAAAAUCUUCUCCUUUACCAAGAAGAAAGAGCUCUCUCGGUGAUGAGGACUCAGAGCCAGUGCCACCUCUGUGCGGCUCCAGGAGAGUGUCAUUUGCAGACGCUAAAGGCCUCAACUUGGUGCAAGUCAAGGAGUUUGACAUUUGGGAUGUACCCAAGCUGCCAGAAUACGUCUCCCCCGAGGGAAAGGAUAAAGAUUUAGAGGAGUAUUUUAUAUCUACCCACACUUUUUCUCUUCCCUUUUCUCUGGAGGAGUUGUGUGCCAAAGUUCGGGAUCAGAAAGUGGAGUUGGAGACCAUCGAGUUACUCCCAGGGACCACGAUACUAAAAGGGGUGAUCCGUGUCCUCAACAUCUCCUUUGAUAAGGCAGUGUACAUCCGAACCUCACUGGACUCCUGGGCCACCCACUUUGACCUCCUGGCUGAGUACAUACCCGGCUCAAGUGAGGGUCUGAUGGACUGUUUCUCAUUUAAACUCACCCUAGUUCCCCCAUUUGGGGAACAGGGAGCCAGGGUAGACUUUUGUCUGCGGUAUGAGACUUCAGUGGGGACGUUCUGGGCCAACAAUAACAACAGAAACUACGUGCUGGUCUGUCACCAGAGAGCUAAGGAGGAGAGAGAAAAACCAUCGAAUGAAACAGUGAAAAAGAAGAGUUGUCUUAAGAUUGUCAGUCAGAACUUCUCCACUGUGGAGGACAUUUCAGCAAUGGAAGUGUCACUUCAGGAAAAUGACAAAACAGAUGUGUCGAAACAUAUAGAGGAAGUGGACACAGUAAAGGUCAAACAAAUCUCUGAAGGUCAGUCAGGAACAUCGGAGGAAGAUGAUCUGAAAACACUGGCCAAGAGCAAACGGAACAGCAGCCGAAGAAGUCGCAGAAAGGCUGCAAGGAUGGCUCGGGUGAGGGACUAUUUUGCUCAGAGAAAUGGAGGCAUUGACGCUGAGAGUGAUGAAUCAUCUGCAGAAACCGAUCAGACAGGUCCAGAGGAGAAGCGCUCCGAUGUGGAGACAUUUUCUGAAGGGAGCAGCAUCACCCAAAGUUCACAGUUGGUUUUGGAGUCUCUGGAAACAAGCAAGAACCCCCUCCAUGAUGUGCUGCAGAAUAUGUCACCAGCACACGACUUCAACUCAAACAGCCAGACAGAGAAAUCUGAGAGCAUCAAUUUGGCUGACUCAUCAACAUUACCAAGAGGUGAGAGUGCCUCAGAUAUCGUAGACAACACUUUACAGUCUAAUGACGAGCCUGCUCCUGCAGAGUGCCAGAAUCUUGAGAAAUGGGUCACCAGACCUGAGGAGAGCAGUCAGAAGGAAAAUCUGUAUUGUGAAUGUAAAAACAACGCUGCUCCAAAAGCCAUACAGCUGAAUCAGCGGGCAGCAGAAAGCAGUGAAGGUCUUGUGAGUCAAUCUAACAGCUUCACAUUUGGAACUGUGGUAGCUCCGCUGUAUCAUCAGGUGUUUGGCAGAGCAGGAACUGAAAAUGAGAUAUCAGCUGAUCAUCAAGAUCCAGUAAAGGCUAAACCAGAUGUUGAAGAUUUCACUUACACUGAAACAACAGACAUCACCUGCAUCAUUCAAACCCAAGCUUGUGCUGUUGUUGACAAAGCUCAGAGGAAUGUUGACAAGACUUUUGAAUCAUCAAAUCAAGAAUGCCAAGAUGCUUCUGUACAUUUUCCUUCCAUGGAAGAAGAGACAUCUUUAAGUGGAGCACAAAAUGUCAUCCUGGUCGAUGCUCAAACUUAUCAGGAUUCAAACAAGAUACAGAGAUGCACAAAUUCAUUUCAAGAGCCAAAAGCAGGGACAGAAUUACAGCCUCAUACUGGUGAGAUUUUAGAUACAGAUGUGUUGGACCCACAAAUGUCCACUGAGAGUGCAGAUCUCCAAGGAGAAAAACAGGAAGACAAUCUCACCCUUGACUUCCAACCCUCAGUAGAAACAGAACAAACUAAACCCUCAGAGCAAACAUGUAAACAAAUGACAACCAACUUUGAUGAAUUACUUGAACAAAUUGAAACACAAAACUACAUGACCAGUCUGGAAACAUCUUUUAUGCCACUUGAACCCUCUCAAAGUGAAUCAGAUCAUUUUAGUGAUGAAGUUAAGGAGCAGAGCAGCAGCACCAAAGCAAAAGAUGACCAUGAUUUUGGCCAAAACAAAACCAAAUCAAUUACCAUCAUUGCAUCAGAGGAUGAUACAGCUUUAGAAGCUUUGCAUGCACUGAUUCCUAACUGCAUCAGUGAUUCAUAUACUAAAGACACAGUGCAUAACUUUGAUUCUUCUUUGGAAAUGCUGGGAAAAGAUGUCACAGCACCUCAGACUUCUCCUGAAAUUAAAAAGGAAACUGAGGAUGUGGAAGAGCAGAAUAAAGAGGUGAAGAAAUCAUAUGCAGAGGAAACAAUAACGCCCACUGAAACUGAGGUAAUUGAUGAGAAAGCUGAUUCAGUGAUUCUGAGUGGCCAUCAGAAACAUGGUGACAUAAUUAUGGAGCUUGAGGAUAAUCUUAAAGAAGGAAUUACUGUUCCAGAAAAGAGUGAGAAUCUUAAUUUGGGGGACUUUUGUUCAGGAGAUGCUACAGAGAUUAAGAACUGGGAAAUGAUGGUUGAAGAAGAGGAGAUAAACAUUUUUAUCGGGGAAGAAGAAAGUGAGGAAAUUAGUUUGAAAGCAGGGGAUAUUGAAGCUGUAGAGGAAGACCAUGAAGAAGAGUUGGAGGAUGAGGGGGUUGAGGUGGCAUUAGAAAUACAAGAUGGAGAUAUAGCAGAGAAAAGACAAGAGAAAAUGAAGGAGGAACUCAUGUGGGAGAUUGUAGCCGCGAGAGAGAAAAAGAACAAUGCUGCAGUUGCUUUUGUGGAAAAUCAGAGGUUUGUUGAGGAAGAAAUUUGGGGAAUUGUUGCAGGAAAAGAUAGAGAAGAGGUUGAGAAGGGAAAUAUUCAAGCCUCUGAGAUGGAAAAGACACCUGGAGAGGAAGCUGUAAGUCGUAAGACAGUGUUACAAAAAGAAAAACACCAUGGAGAGAUACAAGAGGUCGAUACAAAGCAAACAACUGUUCAGGAAGGACAGGGAGAGGAAGAAACAGACUUAAAUGAUGGAGAUAAAGCAAGUACAGAGAUAGAAACAAGGGAGGAAAACACAGACUGCAACGAAGAUGUUCUAGUUUCCAAGACAAGAGAUACAGAGUCAAAGAGCACGAAAAUAGAUGACGGGGAAAAUGAAGUAGUCUAUUUUGAAGAGGGGUUAGAAAGUACCCAAAAAGAGGUCGAUGGUUUAUCCACUCUGGUGAACAAUGUGCAGGAAGAGAGUGCAUUUGAAAAAGAAAAUACACAUACAAAUACACACUUCCAAACUGAAAUUUACAAACAGGCAGAUUUAAAGAGAAAUGAAAAAGCCACACUUGACCUACCAAUGGCUGAGGUAGAUGAGGAUGAAUCCAUUGCCGCAGAGGGAGGUUCAUGCAUUUUCCUCGAUGAUCCUGACAUCAACCAAAGACAUCAUGAUGCUUCAUCAGAGUCAGAGUCGGACUCAGACGAUGAAGUGGAGUUGUACAUGCACUGUCUGAAGGCUGUUCAUGCUGGAGAAAAGGCCCAAAAGAGCAGAAACAAAGAUGCAGGAUUUGGCAUCGGCAAAAGGCCGCCUGUGAACAGAAGUAAACUGCUGUCAAAACCAAUGCCCUCAAUCAGUGAAUCUCUGGAUGAAGAUCAAAAUGUCAGCUGCCUUCAGGAAAAUUUUGUAGACAUAGAGACAGAAGAUUUCCAACCCAGCAUUGCAGCUCUACCAGAAAAAAGUGAACAGGAAAGCAUCAACAGAAAAGUCUCAUGGUGGAAAGAGACUUUCUCCUGUAGCAGUAUUGGGAAAGCAUUUUUAUAUGCCACCUUGUUCUUGGUAUUUUUAGUUGUGGCCUACCAUUAUGAUUUUCUUGCUUGUUUUGGGCUGUACUUGAUUUCAUUGGUGUGGCUUUGGUUUCAAGGAGAGAGGCAGCCGGUUAAAAACAGAAAAAGGAUCGGUUGAAUUUAAAUGUAAAACUUUAACAGUUUUAACUGUUUUGACUCUUAAGGUAAAGAGUAAACUGUAACUAUGUCCCAAAUCAGUGGAUCCAUCCUUCAGAGGACACAUUUGAAGACCAGUUGCAUCAUAGCAAAGCGUCAAUAGCUGUCCCAUUUCAACGCCUCCUUCAGAUGUGGCCAGAACAAGUUUCCUUCUUUCCCUGACUUAUGAGGAAUUCAUGUAUGGGGUGUUUCCACUACGGCUUUUGGCUGCGCUGAGCCAAACCAAGCCGUGCUGUUUGCAUUUCCAUGACAAGUUUGGCCACGCCACACUCAAGUGGCCCUGCCCAAGCAAGCCAGCCCCACCUUUAAGCGCCACACUGACAUUGAAGUGCCUCGCGGGGUUUGAUUUGUCACAGUCCAGUAGCUACCAGAACAAAUGUUAAAAACUUGAAGUGACCUACAAACUUCGAAUUAACUUUGGUUAAAAGGUUACUCAAAAUUAGUAGGUUAGCUAGUCCCAGUGCUGCUGUUGAGGUUGGGUGACCUUAGAAGCAGAGCUUCGAAACUAUAAGGUCAGGUUGUAGUCAGAUCAGGUGACACCAGAACCACCAGCACCAGGAGUGUCUCAUUUCAGAUAAACCUGAGUGGUCUUUGAAGAAUGCUACCCCUGAAUUGAGACACAGCUAAAGUGCUUGCAUGACACCCACAAAACUCUUCAGGUUUUGUAGUUUUUACACAAAUCCAUAUUUGCACAACGUUAUUACUUCACUGGAUAUUUUUAUCUGAAGAUAUCUGAACAAGUCUGAUCUAGUUUAUAAUAGUCUACUUGAAAAAAUGGUAUAAAAAGAAGAAAAGCCAUACCCUAAUGAAUAAUGAUGGGCAUUGCUGUAAAGCUUAUAUGACACAUAUCAAAAUAAAUUCUCUAUAAUCCCUAUGGGAGGAUGCUAACUCUCUGUUGUCAAGAGUAUGAACCAGUUUUUUAUGCUUUAAUGUACAUAAAGCUUAGUGUGGACAAAUGUCAUGGACCAUUGCUCACACUGAUUGCUUCUGCUCAGCACUUCUCUGCAUAUUUCAGGUGUAAUUAAAAAGUCAUCAGUGUAUUGUGUGUUAUUUGUGUAGGUCAUUAGUAACAUCUGGGAUGAAUAAAUGGAUUUUGACAAUUGA